ACCAAGGCCUCACGCGAUGAUAAAGUAAAUCUGGGUCGCACCCCUGUCUCACGUCCAUCAAUAGGCUCGUCAACAUGGGCACCACCCUAGUGAGAUGGGAGAGGUCAGAUGUAAUGCAACUGCAAUACCGUCGCCCGCAAACAUCUCACCCAUCAAAACUUGCGGCGCCUAAAUUGUCGAUACGUAUCCUCGAAGUUGAAGCGCUGAAAAAAAUUCUUACUUUGACUCAGUGCUGCACUUGAGGCUGUUCGUCACGUCACUGUCAUUAGUGGAGGCCGGUUGGGCAAUGCACGAAUCCGAUGUCGGCGUGGUCGACUGGUGUUCCAGGCCCGUCUGGGUUCCACUCAAGACCAACUCUCAUCAUUAAGGCGAUAGCCAGCAAUAUCUUCCUUGCACUCAAUGUUACAGACGGAUUAUUAGGUGGGCACUGGGUAGCAUAAUGUUCAGUGGAAGUUCUGGCUCGUUGCGGGCAUCGAGGGGCACCCACGACAACGGCUCAAGCUUCGCAUUGCUCUCUGGACCUGGUCAGUCCACUCUGUGCAUGUUCGACAUAUCUACAGGCCACCCUCACCCAGAUCAUCGCCUCCACAACCCUGCCUACGCUCGAACUCGCGAAGUACAGUACACAACGAUCACAACAAGGCGGGCUUCGGUCCAGGGGAGCAGGACGCUCUUUGCGCUUACCGAUAGCGACACAUUCAGCUGCAUAGAUAGCCAGUCUGGCGAGGUCGUCGACGUGUUGACGCCAGGAUAUAUCCCUCGUGAUGUAUUCCUGCAUUCGUAUGACGCCAGAUAUCGUCCAUGCGAUCGGUCUCAUCAAGUCCAAGGCACCGUACGCCCCCCACGCCAUAACUCUGUCCGUGGCCAACAGGUCUGCCAUCGCGUCUGUCAACAUCCCCGCCAACUUCCAACGGAUAUGCCCGGUUUCGUCCUUGACACACCUAUAACUGCAGAAAUCAAACCGGGACCUUGUCUGACGUUACUGGAGUCAUCCUCGACUAGAGCAGCGGUGCUCACCCUUGAGCUGAAAGGCGUAGUCCAGAUACUGCCGGGGGUUAACUACACGGAUAUGGUCUGCCCGUGUUUUUAGGUACAACGGACAGCCUUUACAGCUGAUGUGGGAACUUACCAGCGCGGCACCGUCACAGACACAUACCGAGUCGCAUUUCGCAGGCAGCUUUGACAAGGCCGGCAAACCUUGCAUUGCGAGUGUAUCGGUCACAUGCAAGCCGUCUGUGUAUCCUCACUUGUUUCCGCU